AUGACGCCUGAACGAGGCGGAUAUUCCUCCGACUCCUUGUCUCGACGAAGACCCAACUUCUCGACUCGAACUGCCGAAGAAGAUGUCUCACGUCUCGCCCCAGGCGAUUCAACCCAGGCUCUCUCAGAUGAACGCACUCGACUAUUACCAUGGCCACCGACCAGAUGGGCCCGUCCAUAUGAGCCAGUGAACUCGUCAGAACCCGCGGAGGACCAACGCCAUUCAUCACCCACCGACUAUUUCAGAGGGAUUUCUCAAUGGUGGCAUAAUAGGGGAGAACAUGAUCAUAAUUCAAAUAAUGGAGAGAAUGUUUCACCACAUGUGUUGUCUACAGGCCCUCUUCGCGAUUCCAGCGUUGAUAAGAAGGACAAGGGGCAUCGGUCUCGAGCGGUGGAUGAACCCAAGAAGCUUGGGACCUUCUCCGGUGUAUUUGUUCCGACGACUCUGAAUGUGCUGAGCAUUCUUAUGUUCCUUCGAUUCGGGUUCAUUCUAGGGCAAGCUGGUGUACUGGGUAUCUUAGGCCUGCUACUUGUCUCUUACACAAUCAACCUUGUGACAACAAUGUCUCUGUCUGCAAUUGCGACAAAUGGAACAGUCCGAGGAGGUGGUGCAUACUACUUGAUCUCUCGAUCCCUGGGACCUGAGUUCGGUGGCUCAAUCGGCAUUGUAUUCUAUCUGGGCUACGUCUUCAACACUGGAAUGAACGCCGUUGGUCUAGUGGACUGUUUUACCCAGAACUUUGGCACAGAGUCCGGUGAUUGGGCCAACUUCCUCGAGGAAGGAUUCUGGUGGCAGUACCUCUGGGGUACUGUUAUCCUGGUCUUUUGCACAGGUAUCUGCUUGGCGGGAAGCUCCAUUUUUGCCAGGGCAAGUAAUGGGCUUCUUAUCAUACUACUUGUGGCCACCUUCAGCAUUCCACUUUCUGCACUAUUCGUGAAGCCUUUCUCUCUUCCUCAUCAGGGCGUUGAGUUCACGGGACUUCGCUUGAAGACUUUGAUGGGGAACCUUAAGCCUCACCUCACCAAAGGGGCUGCGGGAAGUCAGCUGAAAGGACGUGAGAAUUUCCAAGAUCUCUUUGGUAUUCUCUUCCCUGCCACAGGAGGUAUUUUCGCUGGUGCAAGCAUGUCUGGUGACUUGAAGAACCCAAGCAAAGCUAUCCCCAAGGGUACACUUUCCGGACUAGCGUUGACCUUUGUCACCUAUGGGCUUGUCAUUCUUGCAAUGGCAGCGUCUGUUACUCGAGAGUCAUUCUAUAACAACGUCAAUGUAAUUCAAAUUGUCAAUUCCUCCGACGUGGUCAUCCUUCUUGGAGAAUUCGCAACCAGUUUCUUCUCCGCCUUGAUGGGCGUUAUCGGAUCUGCGAAACUCCUUCAGGCUAUCGCAAGAGAUAGCCUCUUACCUGGAAUUGGCAUAUUUGGCCAGGGAACUCGCAAAAAUGACGAGCCAGUCUAUGCAAUCAUCGUGACUUUUGUGUUCGCUCAAGUCACAAUGCUCUUCGACAUUAACCGCAUCGCGUCUUUUAUUACGAUGACGUAUUUGAUGACAUUCCUCGUGAUGAAUCUUGCUUGCUUUUUGUUGAAAAUUGGCUCAGCGCCCAAUUUCCGUCCCUCAUUCCAUUACUUCAAUUGGCAGACCGCAGCGGCUGGAACGUUGGUCAGUGGAGUCAGCAUGUUUUUCGUGGAUGGACUCUAUGCCUCGGGAUGUGUUAGUAUUUUGGUCGUGCUCUUCCUGCUGAUCCACUACAGCUCGCCACCAAAGCCCUGGGGCGAUGUCAGCCAGAGCCUGAUCUAUCACCAAGUGCGCAAAUAUUUACUUCGUCUUCGCCAGGAGCAUGUCAAGUUCUGGCGUCCUCAAAUCCUGCUCUUUGUCAGCGAUCUUGACAGGCAGUACAAGAUGGUCUCUUUCUGCAACUCACUAAAGAAAGGAGCCCUAUUUGUGCUAGCUCACGUCCUUGUGACCGAUGACUUUUCGGCGGCCGUCCCUGAAGCGCGCCGCCAACAGACGGCAUGGACAAAGUUUGUCGAGUAUUCCAAAAUCAAAGCCUUUGUGAAUAUUUCUGUUUCGCCUGCAGCAGAAUGGGGAAUGCGAAAUAUCGUUUUGAACUCUGGACUGGGAGGCAUGCGCCCAAACAUUGUCGUGAUCGACCAAUUCCGACAAGAUCAAUCUCUCGUUGAAACAUUCUCAAACACUGGCAGAAGAGACUCCAAGACUAGACGUAACUCAGCUCAUGGCCUUCGAACGGAUGAGACUGAGAAUCGACCAAGCAAUCCACCCAUGAGCGGCCAAAGUUACGUCACAAUCCUUGAAGAUCUCCUGUUCAAGCUUAGGAUCAAUGUUGCUGUAGCAAAAGGAUUCGAGGAUCUUGAGAUUCCUGACCCCCACGGUCGUCACACAAAGAAGUACAUUGACCUGUGGCCGAUCCAAAUGUCAGCCGAGCUCGGGGCUGAUAACGAAAGCAAACAAAAUGUGCUCACCACUAAUUUCGACACAUACACUCUAAUUCUCCAACUGGGCUGUAUUUUGAAUACUGUUCCCUCAUGGAAAAAGACAUACAAAAUUCGAGUCGCAGUGUUCGUGGAGUAUGAAACGGACGUCGAGGAUGAAAGAGGACGAGUUGAGGCUCUUCUUGACAAACUACGGAUCGAAGCUGAAGUCUUGGUCUUCUGGCUUGCCUGCGGUGACCUCAAGGCUUAUCGGAUUAUUGUGAACGGCGAUACUUCAUCAGUCACAGCCGACUCUCAAGAAAAGGUCCGGUCCACUUUGCAAGAGGAGGAAUGGUGGCAAGGAGUCUUACGAGCUCGCGCUCAAGACCGGGGUCAGGAUUCGGACACAGCAAGUGACAGCCUGCAUCUGGACAAGGCCUACAGCUGGCAAGGUCCAUCGAGCCAAGACAGUGGAGCCAAGAAUUUGCGCCAGCGAGCGACUGGCCUGAGACGAUUGAUCCAGUCCACUCGCCGCAGACGGUCUAUAUCUAGCUUCCGAGCUCUAGGAGGAGUGAACCUUGGCAUGCAAACACAUCGAUUGUUGGAUUCGUUCGUCGACUACGAUAGUUCUGACGGCUCGAGCUCGAGCGAGGACAGUGACAUGGAAGGUUACACCAGCGAACCCGAGGUUGAUGAUCGGGAUACAGCCACUCCUCAGGGCGGAUCUGGCUCCUCGCGACUGCUUCGCCGGUCCAAGACUGAUGACUAUAGUCCUGGUCCAGUUUCUCCCAACACACAGACUCCUAGCUCUCGCGUCGAAGAAACAUCGGCCAGCCAACAGAUCCCAUCCAUCAUCGAACCGGGGGAUGAUGCCUCCCCCAAGAGUAAAACCCCCGUUCGACGACCUCCCAUGAGCCGCUCUGCAUCUAGCAAUCGGUUCAGCUCCUCUCCCAUCCCGGAGGCAAAGGUUAACAUUGAAGCCGAAGAGGAGAAUGGCCCCUCCAUUAUGUUCGCCGCUCAAAAUUCCCCUCCAAGAUUCAAUAAACUGGACUCCAUCUAUGCCCGGCGACCAUCUGUUACCCCACCCAACAUCCGCCACAACAAUGCAUCUGGAUACCCCAGCAUGGCCUCGGUUCCAUUAUCCUUUAACGAUCUACCCAGCCGAGCACAACAUUUGAUUCUAAAUGAGUUGAUGCUCCAGCAUAGCGGUGACACGGCUGUUAUUUUCACGACCCUGCCGUCUCCCGUGGAAGGCACCUCGCUUAGCGAAGAGGACAGUGCGUCCUACUUGAGUGACCUGGAGGUGCUGUGGCAAGACUUGCCCCCCUGUCUCCUGGUCCACAGCAACAGCAUGACCGUGACGAUGAACCUGUGA